AUGCGUCUUACACUCGCUAUUCAAGGCUUUGCCGCCCUGGCGGUGGCCAUGCCCGCCGCUCGUCCUCAGGAGAUCGACGUCAACCUGGUCCUCAAUGCUCCCGAACCAGUGAUCUACGACCCUGCUGUCGGAGCCACAGCUCAAGUUGUGUCUUACGACUUCACCUCUCUCGUUGCCCAGGCCACUGCUCCUGCCACUUCGGUCACCAGUGAUGUCGCUGCCACUGCUACCGCGAUCGAGAAGAGAGGAGCUGCUUGCACCUCUCUCGCCCCUGGAGCAACUGGAGCUCCUGCUUAUUCGCCUGAUACCCCUGCUGCUUUUGCAUCCAACUCGGACUUUGCUUCUAUUGCUUCCAACGCUCCCGUCCCCAGUGGAUACACUAACACCUUUUCCAACAUUAAUGCUUCCAGCAGCGCCUACGGCUAUCUUGGUUUCACCACCAUCAGCACUUUCGACACCACCAAGUGUGCUGCUAAGUGCAAUGCUAUUUACGGAUGCCUCUCUUUCAACCUCUACUUCGAGAGAGAUCCCAGCGUCGACCCUGGCUCCGGAGCAUCUGGAUGCGAGAACCCCGCUAGCGUGACAUACAUCAAGUGUGUGUUCUGGGGUGGCCCUGUCACCAAAUCUAACGCCAACAACUACGGACAGUACCGCAACCAGUUCCAGGUAUUGAUUGCUGGCUCAAACGGCUAUCAGAACAACACUCUGGCUGCUCCUGCCGGGUACUCUGAUGCCAUCUACUACGGUACUCGUGCUAUUGACGCACCUCUUGAUGCUCAGGGCUACAGCACUUUCAUCACCAGCAAGAUUUUUACUGGUCCAUUUGACGCUCGUCUCUGUGCCGCAGCCUGCGAUGCUCAGACCCAGUACGCCGUUAACAACCCCUCUGCCGAUGGAACUCCUGCCAAGCAGUGCAACUUCUUCAACACUUACAUCAUCAACUUGAACGACAACAAGCACCCUCAGGGUCAGUACUGUACUCUGUAUACUGAGGCUUGGUCUUCCAAAUACGCCACCAACUCUGGCUCGUCCACUUCUGGUGGCAAGCUUAUCAUCGAGUACAGCUACGGCUAUGUUAGCAAGUCUGGCACUGGCAUCGACCCCACAAAGGGUGACAAGACUGGUGCUAUCUACCAGGCUUCUGGCGAGAUGAAGUCUGACCCUGCUCAGCUCAGCUCGGUCUUCCAGCCCUUCUGCUCUUCGUACCUUGGUUACUCUGCUGUUUCCACCGUCACUAUCACCGCAACCACGACCGUUUCUCCCGUGGCUACCUCAACCGCAUACGCCACCUCGACUGCGCCCGCUAUGCGCAAGCGCGAUGAUGGAGACGACUCCACUGCUGCCCCUGCCAAGCGUGAUAUCUCUACUCCUUCUGUCCUGACCAAGUACCCUGCUACAGUCAUCUCUUCUGCCUGCUCUAUGCAGGUCAGCCAGAACACCAUCGCCUCGACUGUGACUGUCAACGAGACCACCACUCUUGCCACUUCGACCACAAUCACCACCAUCGUGUCUGUUGUCACCGCCAGUGCCACGUCGACCUCU